AUGCCUCCCAAGUUCGAUCCCAAUGAGGUCAAGGUCAUUCACCUCCGUGCCACCGGAGGUGAGGUUGGCGCCUCCUCCGCCCUGGCCCCCAAGAUUGGUCCCCUCGGUCUGUCUCCCAAGAAGGUUGGUGAGGACAUUGCGAAGGCCACUGGCGACUGGAAGGGUCUCCGCGUCACGGUGAAGCUCACCAUCCAAAACCGUCAAGCCGCCGUCUCCGUCGUCCCCACCGCCUCCUCCCUCAUCAUCCGCGCCCUCAAGGAGCCCCCCCGCGACCGCAAGAAGGAGAAGAACAUCAAGCACAGCAAGUCCGUCGCCCUCGACGAGAUCAUCGAGAUUGCGCGAACCAUGCGCUACAAGUCCUUCUCGAAGGACCUGGCGGGCACUGUCAAGGAGAUCCUGGGUACGGCAUACAGCGUCGGAUGCCAGGUCGACGGCAAGCCCCCUCAGGCCAUCAUCGAUGCCAUCCAGUCUGGCGAGAUCGACAUCCCUGAGGAGUAA